AUUGCAAGAUGGCGAGCGAACCGCUCAAGCAGUGUGGACAGCCUCAUUUGGCGAAGCAAGACUUGGCCAAACUCGAUGUCAAAACUCUGAACCCAUUCACUCACGAGGUCAUCAGUCGGCAGGCAACUAUAAAUAUUGGUACCAUCGGACACGUAGCUCACGGCAAGUCAACCGUUGUCAAGGCUAUCUCUGGUGUGCAAACAGUCCGUUUUAAGAAUGAGCUCGAGAGGAAUAUCACAAUCAAGCUUGGUUAUGCCAACGCCAAGGUGUACGAGUGCGACGACGAGAAAUGCCCCCGGCCAGGACGUUUCCGGUCCUACGGGAGCAGCAAGGAGGACGACUUCCCCUGCGAUCGCCAGGGGUGCAAUGGACGCAUGAAGCUCCGACGACACGUCUCGUUCGUCGAUUGUCCCGGUCACGAUAUUUUGAUGGCCACAAUGUUGAACGGAGCCGCCGUCAUGGACGCCGCCUUGCUCCUGAUCGCUGGGAACGAAAGUUGUCCGCAACCCCAGACCUCGGAGCAUUUGGCUGCCAUCGAGAUCAUGCAGCUGAAACACAUUCUCAUCCUCCAGAACAAGAUCGACCUUGUCAAGGAGGCUCAGGCUAAGGAGCAAUUCCAGCAGAUAACAAAGUUCGUUGAAGGAACUGUCGCUGAAGGUGCUCCGAUCAUACCCAUCUCAGCCCAGCUCAAAUACAACAUUGAAGUUAUUUGCGAGUACAUUAUCAAGAAAAUCCCGAUGCCGCUCAGAGACUUCACUUCGGAACCUCGGCUGAUUGUUAUCCGAUCGUUUGACGUCAACAAGCCCGGAUGCGACGUAGAUGAUCUGAAGGGAGGAGUCGCUGGAGGAUCAAUUCUCCAAGGGGUGCUGCGGGUGGGGCAAGAAAUCGAAGUGCGUCCCGGGAUCGUCACGAAGGAUAGCAACGGCAGGAUGAUGUGCAAGCCGAUUUUCAGUAAAGUGCUGUCUCUAUGCACCGAGCAAAAUGACCUCAUGUACGCCGUACCCGGGGGUCUUAUAGGUGUUGGUACGAAAAUCGACCCGACAUUAUCUCGCGCUGACCGUAUGGUGGGUCAAGUUCUCGGGUCAGUCGACGCUUUGCCGAGCAUUCUCACCGAGUUGGAGAUUGCGUUCUACCUUCUCAGGCGUCUUCUCGGAGUGAGGACCGAGGGCGAGAAAAAAGGAGCGAAGGUUCAAAAACUGUCAAAAGGUGAACUGCUCAUGGUGAACAUCGGCAGUUUGUCCACCGGUGGACGUGUUGCCGCCGUGAAGAACGAUCUUGCCAAAAUCGUUCUUACGAACCCCGUUUGCACUGAAGUUGGGGAGAAAAUAGCUCUCUCCAGGAGAGUUGAGAAGCAUUGGCGACUAAUCGGAUGGGGUCAGAUUAAGAGAGGAAUUUCGAACAAUCCAGUCAGUCGAGGCUGA